AUACAGGAAGAAUAAGACACCUUGAAAACAAAUUCUUUUUCUUUUUUUCAGGCUACUUAAAUAAAAUUUCUCAGAUAAUGAGAGAAUAGAAAGAAAGAAGAGAAACAGAAAGAGGGUUUGCAAAGCAAUCUCUCUUCUUUGGAUCUCUCAAAUCAUAUUAUAAUUUUUUUUAAAUCUAAUUAGUACAAUCUAACCACCAAAAAAUAAAGGGAAAAUAGUUUAGAAAGUACGCUUUUCUUCUUAAUUCAGCAUUCCAAUUAUUAUUGUUCUAUAUAUAAUUCUUUCCUCCUCUGUUUUUCUUGAGAAUUUUCUCUUCAAUUUUUUUGACAUAUUGAUCAUGAGUAGACUUCGUGUAAAUUCAUCUCCUGAUUUAAUUGCUAAUACAUCAUUUGAAGAGCUCUAUGAUGAUUCAGCUUUAGAAGGGGUUGCGGCCAACAUAAAGUUAUUGCUAAAGUUGACUCAAGAGCACAAAAAUGCUUGUCACAAAGAGAAGAACGAUGGCCGUAGAAUGUUGAGGGUGGCAACCAUGAUGACCAUUCUGGAUAAUGUUAGGACAAGAAUUCAGAAAUGUCAAUCUUUUGGUAACAAGUCAUCAUCAUCAGAAGCUGAAUCUACUAGUCAUGUUCCUAUAGACAAGAAGCACCACGAGCCGAUGAUUGAUGAGAAAGAAAAGCUGAGGAAGCAGCUAAACGCAAGCUUGGUAGCACGAAAGAGCCUCGAGGUCAUGUGUUCAAGUUUGGGGAAAGAAAAAGAGAUCAUGGCAGCAGAGCUCUCGAAGAAAGUCCACGAGUUGAAUGAAAUGGAAGACCUCAUCAAUGAUCUAAAAGAACAAAAUGAAAGUUUAGUGGAAAGGUUACACGAACGUGCCACUGAGCAAAAAGAAAGGAGGUAUAAUAGUGGUGGAGGAGAAACACAAGGAAACAUUGCCCUCCAAGAGAGAAAUAAGGCACUUUCGGAGAACCUCCUAAGGUCAUUGGAUGGCUAUAGGUCUAUCAAGAGGAAAUGGAAGGAUGCACAAGCGGAAAACAUGGCGAUGCAUGCAACCAUGGAGGAAAUGACAGCGAAAAUCGGAGCUGGACUAGCCCGAAUCCACAGCUUUAAAGAAAAAAUCGCCUCUGAAAGUGUGCCCUCGACAAAUAUCCAAGAGGAGAUUGUUGAAUUAGAGCAUAUGUUUGAAUGCUUUGAAAUGCAAGUGGCAAAACAUGGUCCAAAGGAAGGGGAAUGUGUCAAACCAAAAGCAGAGAUUAGUGCUUGCAAGCCUACAGUUUUUGCAUGAGACACAAGAGUAAUACUUAAAAACAAGCAAGCACAAAGAAGAAAAGAUGGUCCUCAAGGUUUUCUGUAACAUGGUCCAGGAUCAUGGUGUUCCAUAAAGUCUACUGAAAUGGAGAAAAAAUAGCCCAUUGUUCUCUGUUAUAGAGUCCAUGUAAUAAACAAGUCAAGUAUAUUGCAUGUAAAAGGAGAAUAACUAGUGAUGUUGCUUUUUUAUUCAUCUGCAAUUUAUUAGGUAAUCUAUUUUGUCUUCGGUUUUA